AUGCCAGCGAGAAAGCUGACAGUCACAGGUGGAGAGAGUGUAACAUUCAGAUGCGUAGUGAAGGCGGGCAACCCGCCUCCAUCGGUGGUCUGGGAAAGGGAGCAAAAUAAACCGCUGAACAGCAGUGACAACGGCGUCUUAGUGAUCUCUCGCGCGUCCGGUGACAGUGGAGGCAGAUAUAUUUGUAAGGCGACAAAUAUCCUAGGGUCAACUGAAGCAGCGGCUUUGCUUAUUGUUCAAGGUAAAUUUUAAUCUAACACAAGCCAAGGGCAACUACUCUACAAAUACCUAUCUUGUUUCUGACAACCCUUUUCAAGAACCACCACCCAAAACAUCCAAAACUCUUCUUGUGUGUUUGUUUCUUUAAGUCACUUUUUCUUGUCCGUCUUUUAUUACUAUGAAUUCCUGAAGACAAACUUCACAAGGAAAGUAAUGGCCAGUUGUCGUUUUUAGCCAGAUCCUUAUCUUUACUUCACUUACAACAGCACGAGUAAGCAAUGACUACAUUACCCAAGGAGAAAUUGAAACAAUACUUAUAAUUAAGAGUUUUAAGGGGACAAACAACGAAUAUCUUGACCAGUGCUGAAAUGGCGAGACUUUUCAACAAGAAAGUAUCUCGUUUCUUCCUUUUUGAAACCUGUAUUCAUGUGCCAGUGAUAAAGCUUAUUUUAUGGCAUCUUGAAGGUAGUGACUGCACAAUUACGGUAUGGUUUGCUUAAUUGUUACACAGGUGAACCCCAGUUGAUAGUAAACCCUUCCAGUCCAGUCUCCGUGACAGGUGGAAGCUCGGUCACGCUGGAAUGUACAGCUGCAGGGAGCCCUCCUCCAGUAGUCCAAUGGAUUAUUGAAGGGCAUCCUCGGUCUAAUCUGCAAAUAAGGGAAACCAAUCGUGGGGUGUUGAAGUUGAUUAUUGAAAAUGUCAGACCGGAAGACCAGGGGAACUUUACCUGCCAGGCAGAGAAUAUUGUAGGAUUGACUCAGGAAAGUGUGCAGUUAACAGGUAUAUUCCUUAUGCAGUGUAAUGGCAGCAAGGUACUGAGAAAUUAAGGACUCGCUAAAUGUCCUUCUCAGACAUCCGAAAUGUAAAAGAUCGUAAACAAAUCAUUUCCUCUUUUGCUUUCCACCAUAUCAUGAACUGGAACUGGUUAUCAUAGAAUAACAAGGUUUUAUUUGUUUUUCUUAGGUUUUCUUGCGAAAUUGCAACCACUGUUUCCUCAUUUUUUUAAAUCUUAUCAUCCAAUGUUGACAUUAAAGAUUCCUUAUUGUCGAGGAGUGUCUGUGUCUAGCCUGACAAAACAGCUAACAUUUCGAGACGCCAUCAACGGAGAAUACGUCUAAGGAACGAGCGCAGAAGUUUCAUACUAAUGAUGUGUCACUACCCAGAUCUGGAGAGUGCCAACCCAAAUCACUACCCAGGUCAGAGUAGUAAAACGUCAUUAGUAUAAAAUUUCUUCACUCGUUCAUCAGACGUCAUUUCCAAGAAAACCCUUGGUGGCGUGGCGAGAUGUCGGCAGUUUUUUCAUGCUAGGCUGUGUCAGGAUGUCUGUCAUUUUACAUUAAUUUAGAGGAACUUUUGAUAUUGUCCUUGCUUUAAUUAAAGGAAGCUUUAAUUUUAGGCCAAACUUGUUCUCAAAGAGGAUUGUAUGACAUGAUAUUUUAAGCAUGUGGCGUAUGUGUGGAAACUUUUUUUAACACUUAUUCAGCUUAGAACAAAACUAAUGGGUGAUACAAAAGUUGAAGUAAAUUUAUGUUUUGUUUUUCUCCACUGACGAAAUAUGACCUGAGGUUAUUGUGAUUCCUUCUAGUAACUGUUCCACUAGAACCACCAGAGAUCCUCUUAAAUUCUGUUUUACGAACUGUCAUCGAAGGAGAAGACGUGGAGUUUCGGUGCAAUGCAUCCGGCUUACCAGCUCCGACCAUUGUCUGGGAAAGACUGGGUUCUAAUUUACCCAAUGACGCCCUUGAUAGAGAUGGAAUACUGAUGAUCCCGUCUGUCGGUGCAGAAGAUGCUGGGACGUACUCCUGUAAAGCAGUUAAUAGUGAAGGGCAGGACAGUUUUAGUGUCAAGUUGGAAGUGAUAGGUACGAUUAAGGAAAAAAAUUGAACCUAAGAAAAGAGAGGAUAAAGUUUCACGAAUCCAGGCUAAUCAAAAUUUAUUACUGUAGCUCAACAGUAAGAUACCUCUCCCACAAAUUUCAACGUAAAACAAAUUUUAACGUCAAUUACCAUUGAUCGUGUAUCAUUUCCUAGAGGCAUAUAAUUGAGUUACACAUUUUAUCCUGGCGAAGUUCAGCGAUGCCGCCAACUGGAGGUGUAAAGGCCAUUUCUUUAUGUACCACUUUGACCAACAAGGCAUCCUGUUUCUGAGCCUUCCAUAAAAAUGGUUCCUUCUUCAUAUGCUUUAAUGUGAAGAAGCGCUUUGAUUAAUAACUAAGGGACUUUCCCUCACUUUUACUUGGUAACCUUUCAAACUAUACGAUAUUUCAAAAAAGCCCUUUUUAAAUAAGAAAUGGCACAUGUCUUACCCCUUUCUGCACUACAAACUGCCAAAUACAGUCAAAUUUCCCUUACGCAGACACCAUCAGCAAGCAAAAACGUAAUUUCAUUGGGAGCUGGCCGGUAACAAAUCAUGCUUUUGUAGUGAAGUUCCUAAUGGGAAGAUUUGUUAAGGUGGCCGUAAGUGAAGCUGUCCACUUGAGGCAUAUUGUACGUCCAUGAAAAGAUAAGAGCUUAGACUGUUACUACCCCGUUAUACACCUCUCCCAUUAUAUCCUUUCAACGUAAUUAUUACUAUCAACGAUUCCAAGUAAUGCUGUUUUUUGAACUCGUGGUUCUUUAACAUUUACCAAACGUUUGGAAAAAAAUGAAAAAAUGGAACACCAUCUUUAGGAACGUUUAGGAGAAACGACAAAUUUAAAAAGGUAGCCGUGUGGUUGAAUAUUCCAGACUGAAAUUUGUUUGCUUUCUUCCCCAAACUUGAUUAAUCUUUGAGACAAGUUUCAAGCUUUCGAGGCCUGUUUUGGGAAUGGAACGAAUUUGUGAAAUAGAUUCCUGCUGUGAACAUUAACUUUAAGGCAACAACUUAAGAAUCAAGGAGACAAAAUAUAGUGAUUUGUAUUAAGUUGUCAUUCCAAACCUCGAAUUCCUUUUAUUGUGUCUUCUCACCGGGACAGAAUUCUGGAUUUUGUUUACCAUGAAACUCGCAAAUAGUGAACCGACCUAUGUCUACAUUUAUUGAAGUGAUAAACAACCCGACCCGUGUCUUUUUUCUUUCUUUUUUUAACCAGUGCCUCCUCUAAUCGACGUGACUCCCCCCAAGAUCUCUGUCAAUCAAGGAACCUCCUUUAACAUCUUUUGCAUUGUUAAGCUAUCACUUGCAAUCACGUGGUCAAAACUCAAUGGUAGUUUCCCAAACGGCAUCGUGAGCGACAAGGGGACCUUAACAGUCAGUGAGGCGAAACUGAAACAUGCAGGAACAUACCGCUGUUAUGCUAACAAUUCAGCGGGCUCCAGUGAAGGCUUUGCAAGCGUCGUCGUGUAUGGUAAUUUAAAAAAAAUAUCGCAGUAUAUAAAAAAGUGUAUACCUCAAGAGUUAAGGUAAUAAAAGUUUUAAUUGUAAAAACAAAACCAAAAAAAGGCCUUUCAUCCCUUCUUCUUCUCUCUCAAUGACUCCCAUUUAUCGAAUUUUUUCCCUUUUAUUUAGAAAGAAACAGUCUAUGUUGUACCACAAAUUCUAUAUUGUACUACAAAUGAUGUUUUUUGUGAUGGCAGUGAAUGUGUCUUUGAAAUAUACGUUCGAGUCUUGUUGCUCUUUGCAAAUCGAUUAUCUUGAUUAUUUAUCAACUUAUAUUUGGGAAAUCAGUGCUAACCAACACACUAGUCAAUUUUCAAUUUCAUCCCAUGUUCAAUUUGUCCUGGCUUUUUGACUGACUUUCGUUCUGAUAUCUCAGCUGCACCAAAAGUGGUGGCCUGGCCUAGAUCUUUUGAAGCAGCGCAUAAAUCCAAUGUUACAUUUCACUGCAACGCGACUGGCAUACCCGACCCGGUGAUCUCCUGGUCAAAAGAGGGAAGCGAAAUUCCCGUACGACACUCAGCUGGUGUCUUGAGUCUUACAGGAGUUAUCAGUGACGAUAAUGGUCGAUACAUCUGCACAGCAAAAAAUGCUGCUGGAACUUCUACAACAUCUAUAGAACUCACUGUCGAAGGUUUGUUAGAGCUUCGCUUUGAAGAAAAAGAAGUCACUUUCUGUUCAUCUCGAUCCCCUUUUUAUGCUUAUUUCCCCUUAUCAUGCCUAAGUUCAUUGGUCCGGUUGACGACCCCAUAUUCUCAAAGUACAGUGCAAAAUUAUAUCAUAACCAAAAAUUAAUGUCCAUAAAUCUUUUUCAAAUGUCGAGCCAAUUCAUUGCACUGUAAUUAUAUUAUGCUAUACCCUUGAGUUUAUCCAAUUGUUAUUGUUAUCAUCAUUAUUAUUAUUAUUAUUAUUAUUAUUAUUGUUGUUGUUGCUGCUGUAAUUAUUGCUAUUGUUAUCUUUAUCGUUUUUGUCAUUGUAUCAGUAUCAUAAUCAUUAUCAUUAUCACUAUCAUUAAAUCAUUCGUAUGAGUAGCCAUGUAAUCAUAUCCUUUUCAGAUCUACCCAGUGUGGUUAUAACAGGUGGAACCUCCGUCAAAACAGUUUCAGUAGGAAAGAAUUUGACUCUAGAAUGCAUCGCGAAUGGAACCCCACAACCAGAAAUACAAUGGACCCGCGUCGAUGGUCUGCUUCCAGAGGGACUCAUUUCAAAAGGAGGACAGCUGAUUUUUCUCCGCGCGCGGCUUGCCUAUGGUGGUGUAUAUAGGUGCAAAGUCACUAACAUUGUGGGCUCUGUGCAAUCUGAAGUAGCCAUCUUUGUGCAAGGUUGGUGUUUGCUGUUUGUUCUUUUCUGCUGUUACCUUUCACGUUUACUGGUCUGCAAAAGAAAUUAAAGCUAAUGCAAGUAAAGCUAAAAAACGCUUGAAAUAUUUGACCGUCAAUUGCAAAGACAUUCACAUUUGUGGGGAAUAGGAAUGGUUCACUGGUUUGUCAACCGAGUUGAUAAGCCAAGAUAAUAAGACAAGAUAAAAUAGCGAAAGCUGGCGAUUGCGUGUCCUCGUGUCAGACCAAGUGAGGAAGGCGUGAAAACAUAAGCCUGCUUUAAAUCUUACUGCGGUAAACCAAAAUGACCUUAUCCGAUUAGAUUUUUUGGUACUACCACCCAACCACCCCAACCCUACGGUUACAACUAAUAUCCAUCUGCAAAGAUCAUGCAGUUUUAUUGACGAUGUUACUAUUAAACAUUGUGUUAUUAACUCGAAUGGCAAGGCUGUACUCUAUUUACUCUUAGAGGCCCCCAAGGUCAUGUUUACUCCACAGAGGUCACGUGUGAAAACUGGUGAGACCGUGCAAUUCACUUGCAUCGCUAGCGGCUCCCCGUCACCAGACCUAACAUGGCGGAAAGUUAACGGAUCGCUUCCAGUCAGCAGUACAGUGCAAAGAGGAGUUCUGAAGAUUGCCAAUGGGACUCAAAAGGAUGCUGGGAGUUACAAUUGUGAAGCCAAAAAUGUUGAAGGAUCGGCUAAUAGAAGUGGAAUUUUAGAAAUUAAAGGUAAGGUAUCAAAGGGUCGGCUCUUUGGAAGUAAUUUUACUUUAACCUCCCUCCUUGUUUCAUGUCUUUAUUUUCACGAGUUUUGGUGCAAAAAUUUUACAGUGCCUUUCCUCCUAUACAUUUUUCCUGAAGCAAUUCCAACGCGAAAAGCUACGAAUGUUCUUGCGGUCAUGAUGAGGGUUAGAUUGGGGAGUUUCUGCUAAGCACACUUCGCGUCAAUGACAAGAAGACACGUUUGUUAUGAUAUUUACUCUAACCAUAACUUAGUAAUGGUCACCAACCAUUUGUAUCUGUCCGUUUUCUAUAUCUCUUCUUAGUGACCGUUCCACGAUUUACGCAGGAACCUCUGUCCUACCUCAGUGUACAGACAUUAACAGACGAGCCACUUAAUUUCACGGUUGAAAUUGUGUUCAUACCGGAGAUGGCGGAUGGGCUGAUUCUGUACAACGAUCAGCUAACAAAUGGCUCUGUUGGAGACUUCAUUUCAUUUGGAAUGUCAGACAGAUUUGCUGAAUUUAGGUAAUGGGGUUGUAUUCACAAACAGGGACGAAGAGCAUCCUUCUUGAUCCCCGCCAGUAGUCCUGUGAGGCUUAGCUCUAGCAGGAGUCUGCCCUCGCAAGCUAUUUUUUCCAUAAAGCCUUUGGUUACUCACAAUUAUUUUUUCGAGGUCGUUUGAAAACUAAUGCAAAAAUAGGAUCGGAACUUAUUUUGUUUCUGUAAACCCUGAAACAGCAAGGUAACUAAACUAUCGUUAUACUAACCAAGUCUACCAUAUUCCACCUUGGCUGCAGUCAUAUUGCAUACAUUUAGCCAAGCCUUAAAACGGAGCUUCCAUUUAAUACAACACUUUAAGUUCUGGUUUGGGGGGUGCAUCAUGCACUCUGACUGUUCCAGUGACUUACUCCAAGAACUGCAUCACGUCAUAUGUAUCAACAUACUUAGCACGAACACACCAUUAUAAGAUGCUGGAGUUUACAUGUAGAUUGUGUGUUGGUUGGACUUAUAAUCCUAUGGUCAAUUUUUACAAAUGUAUUAUAAACGUGCAGCCAUUUUCCGUGAGCACAGAUUGAAGAAAAAAGACUCCGCUUCAGCGCAAGCUUCCCACAUAUACUCUGGGCUCCAUUGUCCCAGUCUAACAAAGUAUACUUGAAUAUCUCCUCCCUGGUGAAGCUGAGCCGGCACAUUAGAGAUUUACGAUGUUUUUUUUUUUUUCGAAAUGGGCUAUAUCCACGUUGUAGUGGCUGUGCAUGUCGGUUUAGGCUUAAAACAUUCUUGAUCUUAACCUAACUGUGAUGCACAUGUUAUAAUCCAGUUUUAUCCUUGGUUGAUAUUUUUUUCUUUUUUGGGGGGUAUGGUAACAUAAGAAAAGAGUCUGAAACAAACUAAAUUAAAUUUAAACCAAGGUCAAAAUUGAAGAGAACUUAUCCGUAUUUAGAUUCAACCUUGGCUUUGAGCCUGCAAUCAUUCGAAGCCGGCAACCAUUGAGCCUGUAUGAGUGGCACAGAGUCGUCUUAUCACGUAACAGGAAGGAAGGAAAUCUCACCGUAGAUGGGGAGCCACCUGUAACAGGAAUUUCUAAGGGGAGUAGUACAGGUCUCAAUUUGAAUCAGGAUUUGCACGUGGGAGGAGUCCUUGAUUUCUCAUCAAUAAGCUCUUUGGCGGGAUUCAAGUCAGGAUUUAUUGGCUGUUUAAGCUACUUGGCUAUCGACGGAAAAGUUGUAAAUUUUGGUAAGAAUAUAAUUGUUUCUUUUACAUUCCAUUGCAAAAAUGGUUGGUAUCAAAAAUAGGGACCUUAAAAACAGGAAAACACGUACAUGUAUUGUCUCCUUUGAUUAUUUUGAGAAAUUUUCGUUAGGACAAAACCAAUGGUAGUUGGAUAAAGGUUUUCAAAGUUCAAAAUUUCUGGAAACUAGUUUUCGAGGAGAUUUGACUGAUUUGAAUUUUGUACAGGAGUCGAAGAAACGAACAGAGUGUCCGAGGGGGGGAGUAAGGGUUCUUUCUUGACAAACAAUUCAUACAAAUUCUUCAAUUCGGUUUUACCAGCUGAGUUGAUGAACACAUCUUGAAAGUCUGCUUUUGGUUUCUGUUCUGGAGGUAAAUUGUCUUUAGCAACUGAUUGGACCAAAACCACCAUUUCUUUCUGUAACGGACGCAACACUAAAGUUCUGGAAACUAACCCUUUUAUUUGAACUCUUUGAACUGUCUAUACGCUAUUUUUUUAUGCAUAACCUUUACAAACGCGUCCCAAAAGUGGAAAUGAUUCACCAUGGUCUAAUUGACAUUAGUAGAUUGAGUCAUGUCUAUAGAACAUGAGCAUGUUUCUUUCUGUUUCUUCGACUUUAAAGGAACCAGCUCUUAUUGAAAGUGUAUGCGCUUGUCAAGGGCAGUAUUGACGAACUCGAAUGAGAAUAGGCCUGUUUCACGAGAAAGCUAUUUUUGUAGCCUUUCGGUGUAGCUUAAUUACCUAAUUUUAUAAUUAGAUUUUAUCCUCUUCCUUCUCUUGCCAAAACACAAUACUUAAAUGGAUUUUGUCACGAGGAUAUUAUUGUUUUAUGUCAACGCUGUGUUGAAGUCAUUACUUGGGGUCUUUACCCAUACACAAAAUGCUUCUGUAAAAUAAUGAAGAAGAUUUCAAAGAAAUUCCACCAGGGAACACUAACCAUGAUAAUUUGUUACAUGAUUUGUGAAAAAAAAAAUGGAAAACUAUCUUUGGAAUUCAAUUGAUACACAGACACUUUAUAGGUUUUUAAAAAAUAGAAAAUAGCGUGACAUAACCCUUUGAAUACCUCUUUAAACAAAUUUCAGGUGAUCCUAUUAAAAGCGUGGGUUUGGAUGAUUGUGAAGUCUGUCAAACAAGGCCUUGCAAGAACGGCGGCACGUGCACAGAGGUCGCUGGAGACUGGGGAUUUACUUGUACUUGCAGGCCUGGUUACUCGGGAAGGACCUGUGAUGACGCUGGUAACAAGUGUUCACCUGGCGUUUGCAAUGAGGGGCGUUGUGAAAAUAUCGGCAAUGAUGGUUUUAGAUGCGUCUGUCCUGCCGGUUACUCUGGGGAGAGGUGUGAGGAAGGUUUGUUGUUGACCAAAGGCCCCUCAGUUCUUUUCUUUUUGAUGUCAAAACAUGAGCUUUGGUAUAAUUUCAAUUUUUUUCCUGUUUGAAUAGGAUGCAUUAAAUGCUUUUUAACUGGUUUGCAUCAGCUGGUAUGGGCGAAAGACCGUAAUUUAUUGCUUGAUUCACUGGACGAAAAAAUGGAUUUUCACCCCCCUGUUUUUGGUAUGCAAAUGUAGCAUUUACCAUCUUUGCCCCAUAUUUACUCCUCAGUUUUUACAAAUUUGCUAUAUAUUUGCAAGGAUCAUGUUGGUGCAAAUUCAUUUUUUUGCCCAGUGAUUUAUAUGUUAAAAUGCAGGAUCGAGGGGGGAGGGAGUCGGGGAUGAUAGCUUGUCACCGCCUCAUUUUCAGGUCAUUUUUGAUAGUGCCCCCCCUCCCUAUUUAAAGGGUUUGAAUAAGCAGCGCUCCCAGUUACCUGAAGGUCCGGUUAUAGUCGCUUCUACUGGAAUGUUGCUUUUAAACGCCUCUGUCACUUGAGCAGCCCCAGGGUACUUAGUUAAAGUAACGUCUCUUGAACUUCUGGUGGUUUUUUUUUGUUUUUUUUUUAUGUCAUUUGGUGUUCUAAAAAGGAAACUGAUUACGGUAUUCAUCUCCGUAGGAAGGCCAAUAGACACUCCCAUGUUCAAGGGCGACUCAUACAUGUCAUUACCAGGAAUCGAAGGCGCAGCUCUGCAACUAAGGUUCUCCAUCAGAUUUCUCGCACUUAAAUCAGGCAAUAUGCUUUUACUGUACAAUGGUCAGACGAUAUUCCCUGGUCGCGGUGACUUCAUUUCCCUUGCCAUUAACGGAGGGCGAGUUGAGUUCAGGUUCAAUAUGGGAAGUGGUACUGGUAUUUUACGCAGCGCCAGAAACAUUUCCGUAGGAUUCUGGUACACUGUAAUGAUAGAAAGACAACUGAGAGACAGCUUGUUGGUUCUGGAUGAGUAUCCCCCAGUGAAAGGCUCCUCCCCGUGUUGUUCACGUGGAUUAAAUCUUUUGUUAGACUUGUUCAUAGGCGGAGUGAAAAACUUCACGACAUUCCACACUAGUAAAGUUGGCGUUAGCUCCGGUCUCUUUGGUUGUAUAUCCGAACUAUCAGUAGAUGGUAGGGAAAUAAACCUGCUCAAGUCCAAUCUUGACAUGCGAGGUAUCAAACAAUGCACAGAAUGCCUUUUGCCUUGUGAAUUAAAACCAUGUUUAAAUAAUGCCACUUGCAUCCCGGUUGGAAACACGGGCUUUUUCUGUUCCUGUGCUCCUGGAUAUACUGGACAAAAGUGUGAGUUUACACUGGCCGAUCCUUUGAAGAGUAACACAUGUGUAAAUGAUGGAGUUGAAUUAUCGUCAUCUGACAGGUUACUUAUUUAUUUAUUUUUUAUUUUUCCAAACAUAAGAAAAAUGCACUCCACUACAGUCAACCCGCAGCUUGUUUUAAUGAGGUGUAGCUAUUAAUUUCCUCCGGUGUCGCUGCUAUUGAUAAGUUCGGUUAGUCUGUCCAAUAUUUUCUGGGUUAGGGCAGGUACUAUAGUCAAUCUAAAUAUAAAUAGUGAUACAUCUGUAAAGAAGUUUCUUCUCGGACCUCAAAAGACGAUCUCUCGCGAUUAAGGACAGUAAUUCGUUGGAGGGUGUCCGAAAUAAAGGUAGUUGACUAUAUUUACUAUAAUAGACAGAAAGUCUUUGAAUACUUAGAAUACAAACAAUACUUAAUUUUAAGACGUGAUAGGAGCAGUUGGCAAACCUAGAGAGCUUCAGAAAUUCUGAGCCUAAAAGUUGAUUUACUGUGUUACAGGUUAUGCAACUGCCGGCUUGGAUAUGGAGGCAGAAGGUGUAAUAGAAGUAAGUACUUUCGGAAGUUUUGCCUUUUGAAAUAGCUUCCUAAUGCGUCGGAUAUAUUUUCAAAUCUGUCAGUAACUGAUGUUGUCGCAGUAUAAACUUUUCAAUGUAAGGGAUCUUAAGGCACAUAGUCUUUGUGUGCGGAUACAGGUGACCUCCCCAAGCUGGAGCCAUCAGCAUGGGUAGAGUGUUUAUUGCUGUACCCCGGAGGCCACACUUGGGAAGUCUUAGUGGCCUUUUAAAACCGGAAGGGGAACUACCGGUGGUGCAAAUGGUCAGAGUUAACGCCUUCCACUGAUAUAGGCUUGGUGGGAUUCUAUCGCCACACAGUGGAUUGACUUUGUUGUUGGUUCUCUUCACAAGUCUACUUCGAGCUGAAAAGUUGUCUCUAAUUAAUUGGGGACGUUUAAGAGGCCACACGUUUAGAACAGUGAAUUCUAUCGGGUGUCACGCUGUCUAAACUACAUAAGUGUAAGUUUUCAUAGUUGCAGUAGAAUUCUUUCACGACAACCCCUACAGAAAAAAACACGCACACCGGCAAUAGAUUUUAAGUACUAAAGAAACCUUAGUUUACAAACUUCUGCUAUUGGUUUAUUUUAACCUUUUCGGUACAAAGUUCUUUAAAGUAGCUUGAAUGAGGCAACGAACAGUUGAGUCGAUUCCAGUGACUCUUGCUGAUUGGCUGUUUCGUUGUAGCUGUCCAGUUUGGAAAAAAUGCCUUGUUCAGUGGUGACGGUUUCUUGGAAUUCCCAUCAUCGACCAUGCGAGGACCGAGGUGAAGUUUUUUCUUUGGUUUUUAGUGAACUUUCUGAGAUAACAUUUCUCAGCAUCAGGAGAGUUUUACGACUGUUAUAAUAGAAAAUGAGCGCCCAAUUUAUUUCCAUCCUGGUAUUUUAUAGCCGAAAUACCUUAUAAUCCACGGUGCAAUGUUUACGGCUUUGAGCAUGCAUGCGUCCAUUUUUUUUUACAGAUCGACAACACCUGACUAUAUGUCACUAGAGAUAAAAACAGAAGCUCAAAAUGGUGUAAUCCUAUGGCAAGGAGAGGUAAAAUAGAGUGUUGUAAUGAGUUCGGCUAACAGAGAUUGUUUAUAACUUAUGCCUGAUAAUCCAAUGACCAGAAAAGACAUCCAUCUACUUUGCCACAUUCAGUUCUGAGCUUUUUCUUGGUUAUUAAAAGAUUGUAAGAACAAAACCUUUUUCCAAAACACUUCCGUAUCUCUUUGCCAACACGUUCGUGUAUAUUUCACACACACAGGCCCCUUGCAUUACGAACAGUUCCGUUGAUCUGUAAGGCAUCAAGCAACAUAAAUAGAUACCUCAUGUUCUCACCUGGAUCAAUUAGGUGUCCCUAUGAAAAAUUUUUCUUCUUGCUCCUUCCAGAGAAGAGACCACUUUGCAAUCGGAUUAAGAGACGGAUUUCUGGAGUUCAGGUAAAUAAUUUAAGGACUCUUGACGGCCCAACAACUGGUCUCUUUCUAAACUUUGGUAUUCUUUGCUUUCAGAGAAAAAACACCCAUACAUGUACGUGACCACCAAAAAUGCCAAAAGUUAGGGGUCGCUAAUAGGAGCUGGUCGCAUAUGAGACUCUGACGCAUCUGAAUGUCGCUAAAAUUGCACUAAAAAAACAUAGACAAUAUACACGUAUUAAAAGAAUAUAUUUCGCUACAUCAAUGUACUGAUGGAUCACAUAAUGCACUUAACAUCCGGGGGUGAUAAAAUAAUAGGAAGUUUAAGCAAAAGCGUUUUUGAGUGACGCACGUCAACCGAGGCUUAAAAAUUGUAUUGCUUUGCGUCUUUGCGUCUUUUUUCUCAUAUUGAUGAUUUUGCGGAGAAUUAGAGCAAAAACACUGCUUAAGAGUAGUUAACUAUGAAACUGACUGAAGCACAUCCUCGGUUAAAUUUAUUACACAUUAAUCCUUGAUCACUGAUCUACAUAAAAAGAAAAUUGGGGAACGGGCCCCCGGGCCCCUCCCCGGAUCCGCUACUGCAAAUAACCAGGAACUAAAUAUAUCGGCCCCUACCCUGAGAAUACUUUAAAAUCAUGUUAACAAAUCAGUUACGUCUUUCGUAGAUAUGAACUCGGCUCUGGGCCCGCUGUACUACAAUCUCUGUCUCCAGUCAACGACAGCCAAUGGCACUCCAUCAAGGUUUACAGGUAACAAACUUUUUAAACUACAAUCUUGAAAUAAUAGUUCCUAGAUCUCCGUAUUCUAGAUGCGUUACAUUUGAGGAACAAGGAAGGGCCCGAGAAUAAACCCCCCGACUGUCAACACUGAAAAAAAAUUUAAUCAAUUAUCGAUUUCGUCUUCUAUAUAAUAUGAAGCAGCACUGACUGCGUGAUGUCAUCCCUCCGAUAUUUUAAUUAUUAGACUAUGACGUUUGUCGUUUUAAUUUUGUAGGAGUUUCAGUGAGGGCUCCCUUAAAGUUGAUAAUCAUGAUCACGUAAAUGGCACCUCGGCUGAGGGAAGCAAAGGGCUGAAUAUUAACCGAGGUCAUAACAUAUUUAUGGGUGAGUGCAUUGUACAUCCUUAUGUUAUCAGUCAUCCCCGCGAUCAGAAUGGGCAGUCCGAAAUAUUUGGAUUUCAUAUAUUUGAACAGCGGGAAGAAGAAACAAAUGUACACAAGAUCAUCAAUACACAACUCAGUUGCAAAAAGAAAGCCUGAAUGCCCGUAUUCGACUCCUGCCCUCUGCCCUCUGCCCUCCCCGGUGCAGUGCUCUUACCUAUUAAGCUAGCAAGCAGACGGGGUGUAGAUGGUCCGUUAGUAUUAUCUACAAGUCUACCUCCUUUAUCAGUGUUCAGGAUGUUUAAUAAUGUAGAUUUUUUUUUUUCAUUUGAACAGGAGAUACUUCGAACUAUAGCCUAUAUUAUCUUAAUAUUUUUUUCCUCUUAUUUCCAAUAGGAGGGGGUGAAAAUAUCGCAAAAAUGACACAUGGAAAGUUUAAUACUGGUUUUAGGGGUUGUAUAAAGAAUACAUUUUUCAAGGACAGAGGCAUGGACCUCCAGGGUGACGCUAUUCGCGGCUGGAAUGUCCUACCGUGCGACAGCGAUGAGGCAGAG